CUGGGAAUCACUAUAUUGUACAAAAACUAAUAGAGUGGAAACACAGAGAAUUAAACCACGCUGGUGUUCAAAUUUUAAUGAAUCAUCUGCGCGAGAAAUACUGGAUACUAAGGUGCAGAAAAUAUAUCCGGCUUAUCACACUCCGAUGCUCUAGGUGUCGAAGAUUUGCUGUGUCUUCAGCCCACCCUGAAUCUCCGCCAUUGCCUGUGGAUCACAUAAGAGAUGCUGCGCCAUUCGAGGUUAUUGGCGUUGAUCUAGCUGGUCCACUGUACUUGAGGGAUAGGCAGAAGUGUUGGAUUGUUCUGUAUACCUGUGCAGUGUACAGGGCUUUGCAUCUCGAGUUGUUGAUGUCUCUGUCAACGAAGGCGUUCCUGCAAACAUUCAGACGAUUUGUGUCAAGAAGUGGACGCCCUUCUGUUAUUUAUAGUGAUAACGGUACAAAUUUUGUCGGUGCCGCCAAAAUUUUCUCUGAAGCUGAACUUACAAAGAUUAAAGAUGAAAUUCUUGUUCAGGACAUUACCUGGAAGUUCAUUCCUCCAGCUUCGCCCUGGUGGGGUGGCUGGUGGGAAAGGUUGGUAGGAUGUGUAAAGCAGAUUAUUAGGAGAAUUUUGGGACGAGCUUCGUUAACUUACGAAGAACUCUACACAAUUAUCUGUGAGGUAGAGGGUUUGAUGAACUCUCGACCACUUACUACUCUCUCGGAAGAUACUGAAGAUUUGAUUCCGUUGACUCCUAAUAUGUUUCUGCAAGGAAUAAAGGAAACUGGACUUCCCGAUUUAGACCAUAUGGAAAAGGUCAAUCUUGGGAAGAGAUUCCGUUAUUUAUGCAAAUUGAGAAAAGAUUUACGAAAUAGAUUUCGAAUUGAGUACCUGGCGCAAUUGCAAAACCCGAGGGGGUUAGCCAAGGGCACUAAAAUGAUUGCUGUGGGAGAUAUCGUCUUGGUUGGACAUGACAAUCAAAAACGACUUGAUUGGCCUCUGGCGAGAGUUGUCGAGAUCUAUCCAGGUAAAGAUGGAUUGGUGAGAGUGGUAAAAUUAAAAACACAGGUUGGAUUUCUUAUCCGUCCUGUUAGGAAAUUGUACCUAUUGGAGAUUUCUUCGGGGGAUGAGAAGAAAGAUAUGCAAGAAGAAUUUCGUGACAGGACUGCAGGAAGUGAUGUGACAAACUCAUCUGAGAAGUAUCGAGUCUCCAAAAGGGGCAGACCCCUAAAGACUCCCAAUCGGUUAAAUCUAUAAACUGAUUCGAACUCCUUCAAUUUGUACUUUGUGUUUUGUUGAGUUUGAAUUUAAGUUUGAUUUGAUUUUGCCUAACAAAAUCAAAGGUGGGAGGAUGACCCGUCCAUCCCGCUAGAUGGCGGGCAGUUUUAAUAGUUUUUUUUAUUUAAUGUUUAAUAUUAUUGGAGAGUUGGCAACACCAAGCUGGUGGUGUUGAGUGACAAAAAGGCGCGAGAAUAUAGAGCGGGACGCUCUUUCCUACUGAAUCAUUGUAUAUAGAAGGUUUGUUGGUUUUGUGUAAAUAAAAUCAAAAAGACAAACUUGGUGAACUUUU